AAUCAAUGGGAGGAAAGACAAAGGCCGACCAAGAAUCAAGUACCUCGAAAGCAUGAACCUCUGGAUUGCAAAACAAGGAUGUGAGAAAACGGACUUCCUUCACGCAGCACAAGACCGGAAAAAUUGGCGUAUCAUGUUAGCCAACGUCUGCAACAGAUAAGGCACCUAUCUGAUCUGAGUUAUUUUAUUUGACAAUUAUAGUUGCUUCUCACAAAUAUUGUUUAUUCCUAGAAAACCUAAUUUCGAAAAACAUUUGAAAUAUUUUCUGUUGAGAAAAGAUGCUAUUAAAGAGGAAAGUGUGUUUUGAUCACCAAAAAUUGGUUGUAAAAAAUUAGUUAUAAAUAACUACCCUAACCUGUACAUGACAUCAUUGAAACAAUGUCGAAGCAAACUUGGAACGUUUUGUACACAGUCCAAUCUUAUGAAGAAGCGAAAGAAUUAUCCAAAUCACCAUACAACGCAUGCCAAUGUCGUCGAUCAGAUUUGAAGAAUCAUACGAAAUAUUCGUUCAAAUGCGGUGAGUACAGAAAAUAUCCAUUAUGCUUUUGUGAAAUUCAGAUAGUCGUACCAGAUAACGAUGUACAAGCGACAGUUAUGUCAAGAGGUGUACAUGAACAUAAAGGAGAGGAAUGUAAUACAACCACACGUUUACUGUCACCAGUUCGUAAAUCGGUAUCGAAAUACAUUAAAUGUGGCAUAUCCCAUACUCAAAUUAAAUCAUCAUUAGUGCAAGAUUAUCCAAGUACUCCUUUAACAGAAACAAAAUUAAGAAGUUUAGUGAAUUAUGAACGACGAAAGAACAGGCCAGAAAUAUUUUCAGUGUUUGAUUUACGAAACUGGUGUAACGAACAUAAUGAAGGUACGAAGGUGCUGCGUACAGCAAAUCAUCGACGAAUAAUGGUUGCGAAUGUUAAGUGA